AUGUUGUGGAUUAUAGCAGCCCUUGUAACCUGUUGCUACUAUGCAGUGUCUUUGGUUCAGGUAGAAACCAACAACCCGAUUGUAAUAGUAUAUGCUUCAAGGUUUAUGCCCGUUUCAACGGUUCCAUUUCCGGCCAUUACCAUUUGUCCACUAUCCAAAUCUCGCGUUGAACUGUUCAACCUGACGCGUGCCGUGGAGCAAAUCAGAAAUAACGCAACACUGGACGCCGGCAGUGAGCUCAAACUGCGAACCUUGGCGCACGUGUGCCCUUUUUCUUCGCUUUGGAAGCAGUUCGAUAAAUUUGAGCACGAAAAGUCGUUCGAAACUUUAAAGUACCUCACGUAUCCAUUUUACAAAACGGCAACACUUUGCUUGUGGAAAUCACGAUUCGUUCCGUGCAGCAGAUUACUAGGAGAAUCCUUGGUUACUGACGGAAUCUGUUAUACGUUCAAUUCACUGGCUGCGAACGAAACCUACCGGACGGAUCAGAUUGCACCGGACUUUCUCAGCUUUCGCAGUCCUGCCGGUACAUCCGAAUGGACACGGGAAAAAGGUUACAAACGAGCAGCUGGACUGAAAGCAUACCCUUACCGUCCCCUGAGCGCUGGGAUGGACUCGGGACUUAUGAUUAUGCUUUCACUGAGAAAGAUUGACGAAGACUACGCGUGCCGAGGCCCUUAUACGGGGUAUAAAGUUUCCGUCCAUGCUCCGGAUGAGUUUCCAAUGACGGAGGAGAAGUUUUUUCGAUUGAAUGCAAUGAAUGCAGUUACGUUGAACCUGAGACCGCAGGUAAUAUGGACAUCGCGCAGUUUGCGAUAUCUCUCGUCGGAAAAGCGUAAAUGUUUCUUCGACAAUGAACGUUCGUUGCGAUAUUUUCGUACGUAUACUAGGUACAAUUGCGUGGCAGAAUGCAUUUCCAACUACACCUUUGAAAAGUGUGGCUGCGUAAGGUUGACGAUGCCUCGCGCAGCCGAUAUGAAAGUUUGCGACGCCAGUCAGAUCACUUGCUAUCGUAAUGCCUACACACAGCUGUACGACGAGGUUAAGCGACAGGAAGUAAAGCAUGGGAAAUCGGAAAACUGCCGCUGUUAUCCGUCAUGCAAUAUGAUUAAAUACUCCGUAGAAAUUUCACAGUUUCCGUUCUUUUUCGAAAAGUAUGCCCAAGCCGCUGGGUUUUCUCUAGAAGACUACUCAGAAAUUGAUCCAGCCGCUUUGUUUGUUUUGUUCAAACUACGUCACUACCUGCCACUGUGGAGACGUAAGCUUUAUGAUACAAUUGAUGUCAUAGCCAAACUUGGUGGGCUUUUCGCAUUGCUGCUGGGAUCUAGCCUGAUGAGCGUGGGAGAAAUUCUAUACUAUUGCUGCAUACGACCACUGCGACGGGAGCGUGCUAUAAGACCGAUAAAACGACGGGAUCAAGCGGUUCGGGUGGUUUUACCGUGGGUUCCUCCAAAUAAACAAAUAUUUAAAGCUCAGCGUAUGAUAUAUAACUAG